GGUCAGAUAAGAUAACAAAAGUGAGCUCCGUCCUGAGGCACAAGUGAACGUAAUCAGCGCCACAGCCCAUAUUGCAGCGAUUGUGUCUUUAAUUGUCAAAAAAUGGACACACAACUUCGAUUUCUACCUCAGUGUUUGUACCUGGGUAUUGGGUUGAGCUUAUUGGUUUUUGUGUUAGUGGAGACCGAGGGGAAAACCGAUCGGAAUCAGUUUUUCAAAGUGGUGUAUGAGAACAAUGUGCCCAUUUCACGCGAAGAAGAGACCAUUCAAUGCUACAAGUUCUCUUGGAUGGGACCCGAGGGUGACGACACGAACAAGACCGAAGGCUGCGCCCGACUCGAACAGGCCGGACGGCCUUGCUUCGAGCCUUUGGUGUGGACCACGGGCGUGAAUAAGAAUAACGGGCCCAACACCACGAUCAUCGAAGAGAAGUGCCAACAAGGAAAUACCCUCACUGGUGGCGUCUGCAACCCUCUGUGCAUCAAAAAUGAGGACUCGUGCGUGAAGAUGACCUAUUUCAAGAAUGAUGACGACCGCACGAUUGAGUACUUCUCCAGUUUUUGCGGCAAGGGAUUCUUAUUGAGUGAUGACGGGUCCUUGCUCGAGAACUCAUGCCACACCCAAAAGAACGAUGGUGGGUACGACGUGGAGGUGUGCUUUUGCGAUACAGAUCGUUGCAAUUCGGCUCACGGUCUGUAUAUGAAUCAUUUGGUGCACGCUCUCUCGACUAUGGUUGCUCUUUGGAUAAGCUCACGAUUACUGUGAAUGGCUCCAGGUCAACCGAAUCUUUCCAUUUCAAAAGUUCAAUAAAGCGUGUCCCACCUCUCUCCUC